AAUAAUUGCAGUCUUUUUAGUUUUUUAAAAAUUAUAAAAAUUUUUACAUUUCUUUUACAAAAUUUGAAUGAACAACCAUAAAGUUUUUAUUGUAAUAAAAUCACAAUUCGGAAAUUUUCACAAUUUUUAUUAAGCUUCAUUCAGGAUAUUUUGAUCACAAGUUAUUAUUAGAUUUCAUAGAAAAUGGUGCCUUGAUUAUUUGAAUACGAUUUUCUACAUGCUUUGAUUAUGAAUUAAUUGCCAUAACUUAUGAUAUCAUCUGCCCAAACAGAAAAAACAUUAUCAAAUAAUAACCUUAGUAUGCCCCCUUUGUCGAUUUUAUCCCAAGUUCACAAAAAUGAUUUACAUUUUCCAUUUUCAGGUGCGCCCAUGACUUAUUUAACCGAUACCAUGCAUAAUCUAAACUAUUCAUUUUACCCUUUCAACAAUUUUGAACGACUAAAGAAUCCAUUAUCAAUUGACAACUCAUAUCCAGCAUCUUAUCCAAAUAAUAUUCGAUACGAUUCUAUGAAUUGUCAUCUUCCAAAUAACAAUGAAUUCCCGAUGAUAAAAAAAUUAUUAGAGUGCGAUCCUUUGAAAAAACCAACCAAUAAAGGGAAAAAGAGACAAUUGCAUAAUGAUGCUAUACUUCUGAAAAAAAAAUGCAAGGAAACAAUUUCUCUUACCUCUAAACACGACUCUCUUCUCAUUAACCGUAAACUAAAAUCUCCUCCUUAUCAACCCCCAUUUUUAGAUGCUAAUUUAAGGGCAAAAGAAUUUAUCCACACUAACUCGUACCUGAGCCAAUUUAACAACUAUUCCAAAAAUCCAGCACCUUCGCAUAAUUUUAUGAUAAAUUCUUUGUUUACUAACAACAUUUACCCAGUUAAACAUGAAUCCCAAGAUGUAAACUCUAAACACCACUUCGUUAACAAUAUAAAAUAUUUUUAUCCAGAAACGAUGAGCAAUUUUAAACAUGAAUUAAUCACAGAAACUUGUAAUCAAAAUCUUGAUCUUCCACAUCUUAGCUACCAGAAUUCAGCCUACACCCAAUCAUAUAUGAUGUCAAAAGAAAACACGAAUAAUGUAUGGGAUCUGCCUGGAAUUGAUACCAAUAAUCAUACUUCUGUGGCGAUUCGAAAUUACGCAUCCCCGAAUUAUGAUUAUUUUAAUGGUUAUAAUGACUCGGUAAUUAUAUCCCCUUAUUAUAAUUAUUACAACAAAGUCACGCAUCCCAUCAUAAAUAACGAUUAUAAAAAUUCUCACCUUGAUUAUCAUCUACCGACUUUGCAAAUAUCUCACAAAAAUUUUAACAAUGAUUAUCCAGCUUAUUUUGAUAAUUACUCACCCGGCCAAUGCCAUUUUAAUAACAACGCAAGGGAUAUUAAACAUCAAAUUACUUCGGCAUACACUAAUUCACGUAGCAUAAAUCAUGGCACCUCACUUGGAUAUCCCUAUCCCUAUUCGUCAAAUUGCAACACGAGACAAAUCCAAACUAUUUACCCUGUUACGAAACCUCAACCGCAAGAAAUUAUAUAUCCUAAGCUUAUUCCGGUCAAUCAUUCGAACUCUCAGGUCAUCGAAAAUGUGCCAUAUACUUAUAAUAAAUCUUGUACUGUUAGUCCAAAAAGUAUGGAUAAAUCCUAUUCUUUGUCCACAUCAUUUCAAAAAGACAAGUUAUUUGACACCAGUUUAAUACGGGCUAGUCAAACCUUUCCUCAGAUUUCACAUGGAGAUUCUUUAACAACCAUGAAUGAACUAAAACAAACACCGAACAAAGCGUUGCUUCCUAGUGGCAAUAAUUUAGACUUAACAAAAGAUACCUUUGGAAACAUAAGUUUGAAUAAUGGUAGCGAAUGGUCAAUCGAGCCCACAUCUCAGUAUCAUAUUACAGAUUCUUGCAAAUAUCGAAAUGAUAGAUCACCAUCGUCUAAAUCAACUCAUUCUAUCCACGAGGAUCCAUUGUCUCCAUUAUGCCCCGAUUCUCCUAGACAUUCUAUUUUUACCUUGAAAGAUAAAAAGGUGGAACGGUUUGCUGAUUCUGUUAAAAGAGAGAAAACUUCUAAUAAAGCGCUUAAAACCUUAUCUUCUACGAAAAAAUGCAAAUCACAGAUUUUAUCCAUUAAAGAAGAUAAUAAUGUUACUAAAGCCAAUAUAUCUACAGUUUUUUCUUUCACGGAGUAUUCCGGUUCCGAGGAUGAUGAAACAGUUAUUGAUAUAAAUAAGAUGCUAAAAUGUGGGAAAAGAUUUUACCGGCACCUUUCAAAACCAACUAUCAUGAUUCACUUUCCUCUUCAUUUACUCAUUAAUUCGCAAGAUCAAAAUACGAAACCAUCUGACCAAAGCUGGGAACGAAAAAAGGCAGAGUCUGAUUAUACGAUUAAUUUAAUAGAAAAUAUAUUGGAUAUAGCUCACUCAUCCGUUUUUCAUAGCAAAAAAGGAGCAACUUAUUUACAUGAAAAUAAAUAUCCUCGCCAUCUCGACCAAUAUAAUCCACCCUCUAAAGAUAUUAAAAAAUCAUUAAUGUUUAACAAUAGUAAACUCAUGGUUACCAACAUCCAGCUUAAUAAGAAACAGUCCUGUGAAACAAUCGUUAACCAAUGCGAUUGUCCAAUUGACAGUAAAAGUAUUUUAAGUCAAGAAUCUUACAAUGUAGAGCUUAAAAAAAUAGUUCCUAAUAAGGCAUCCGGUGAAACUAUAUUACAUACUGUUUGUCGCCGAAAUCUCACCGAUUUAUGCCUAUAUCUAGUUCACGGAAAAGAGUUUAAGGAGAGCAUAAAUGUGAAAGAAAAUGCAGGUUACACACCACUACAUGAGGCGUGUUUAUCUUCGAGCAUUGAUUGCGUCAAAAUACUCUUAAAGCACGGAGCCAACCCUAAUUGCUCUUUGUCAGAUGGCACCAGGCCCAUACAUGAAGCAAUUGAGAUGGACGAUAUUUGCUUAGUCAAAAUAUUGAUAUCUUUUGGGGCCGAUCCUACUCUUAAAACAUACACCGGGAAAAAUUGUAUUGAUUAUGCAAAAUCUAAUAAGAUGAAAAAAUUUCUUAAAAAAUAUAUGAAUCUUUAUGAUACAUAUCGGCACAACAUUAAAAACCUAUCUGUUUCUUCAGAUCAUAACGCAUCAAUUAGUAAUCGCCCUUAUGUCAAAUUUGUCAACGAAUUAUAUAAUGAAGAUCGAAGUUCUUCCAAGGAUAUUAUUUUCGAAAUUUCUGAUCAACCAUUUGUUCCCGCUUGUAACCUUAAAAUUAACAAACAGCGACUUAAUGUGAUAUCCUUGGAUCAAAUAAUGAUAUCUCAAAAUUAUACACACCCAGACUCAAAUUUUUGUCAAAUGAAAAAUCGCAAAGAUAUUGAAAAGUUUUAUGAUUUGCAUCCAAAUAUCAAGAAUCUAUCACUUGCGCAUUAUAAGGAAGGAAAUGAGCUUGUUGGUUAUUACGUCAGAUUGGAAUCGGACACGAGAAUUCUUCUUAAAAUUACUGAUAUUUGCAAGAUUUCUCUCUCUUAAAUAAAGUUAAGUAAAAUUAUAUGUUUCGACUUCAACCCCUGACGUCAAUUUUCUAGAAAUUCAACCAAAAAGAAAUAAUUUAUUUUUAAUAUUUAAACAUAGAUAUAUAUAUUAUAAUAUAUGACCAAAUAUUUAGAGACACAAAUAAAACCAUUAAAGUUUAUAUGUCUUAUAUU